UUGAAUUUUAUGUUUUGACAACAUAUUUUUCUGUACCAGCCAUGGCAGGGUGGAUUGAUUCCCGAGAUGUGAAACCAGAGGAUUUGCGGAGAAGAGCCAGUGCUGAAUUUGAGCAUCCCAACAUGUCUGAGCUGAGGGUUGUGCUGCUGGGGAAGUCUGGAGAACUGAAGAGUAAAGUGGGGAACAUCAUCCUGGGGGCAGAGGUCCUUUCAGUGAAAGAUGAGUGUGAGAGAGCGCAAGGUCUGGUGAAUGGGAGGCCUGUGGCUCUGAUCAACACUCCAGACUUACUGGACCCCAAGCUCCCCGAUAGGAAAUUAUUCCAUCAGAUAGAGAGAUGUGUUACCCUGUCUGCCCCAGGUCCUCAUGCACUCCUGCUGCUGCUGGAGAACGACAACAUUACAUCUGAGGGGAAAAAAAGAUUAGAGAGAAUCCUGCACUCUUUCAGCCCUGAGGCCUUCAUGUACUCGAUGGUACUGACCACUAAAAUAACUCUCCAUGACCUGCCUUAUACCCAAGUUCUGCAAAUGUGUAGUGGAAGGUGUUACACGUUUCACAACACAGAUGAGACUGAUUACACCCAGGUUACUGAACUAAUGGAGAAAAUAGAGCAGAUGGUGGGGGAGAAUGGAGGAGGUUUCCUCAGCUGUGAGAUGUUCAAGGAGCCAGAGUCAGCCACGCUUGGAGCGAGUCAGGUACCUCUGAGGAAGGCUGAACAGAAGGUGGAGAGGAAGGAGAAACCAAGGGCUCUAUCUAAACAACGACAGGAAAUUAAAGGAAAAAAAGUGGCUGGGGGAGACGGACUGAACCUGGUGUUGUUUGGGAGGAGAGGAGCUGGGAAGAUGUUCGCAGGGAACACCAUCCUGGGACGGAGGGAGUCCAGUGUGGAUUCCAGCUCCUCUUCAGUGUGUGAGAGCAGAGAUGGAGAAGUGGACGGUCGCCUGGUUACCGUGGUGGAAAUGCCAGCUCUGUGUGAUGCACAGCUCACUGCAUCUGCUGUGUCUCGUCUCUUUACCUCUCUCUGUGGCCAUGGAGUCCAUGCCUUCUUCCUGGUCACUCCAGCUCCUCCCCUCACUGAUGAAGACAAGGCAGAAAUAACCAGGAUUCAGGAGACAUUUGGCUCAAGAGUCACUGAUUACAUGAUGGUCAUUUUUACCCAUGAGAAUCCAGCUGCUCCACCUGUUCGUGACUUUCUGCAGCAAAGUAAGGAUAUUCAGGAGCUUCUGAGGAUCUGUGGAAACAGGUACUUUGUUUUCUACAACCAGCACAUUCUCAACAACCCAGCAGUUCCAAGGCUUCUGCAGGUCAUAGAAGAGAUAAAGAGAAAAACAAGAAGCUGCUUUUCCCUGGAUAUGUACUGGGAGGCACAGCUCGAGAGGAAUGGUCGAGAGCUGGAGGCCAGGCACAAGACUGAGCUGGAGGAGAAGGACAGGAAGAUCAGAGAAUUAGAAGAACGUAUAAAGGGCACAUCACAGGGCGCUGGGGGUAAAGACCAGAGCUCUGACUGUGUGAGGAUAGUGCUUGUGGGGAAGACAGGAAGUGGGAAAAGUGCCACAGGAAACACCAUACUGCAGAGGGAGGAGUUCGAGUCGGAUAUCAGUAUGAAAUCAGUGACGACCUGCUGUAAGAAAGGAGUAGGGGAAGUAGCUGGCAGGCGUGUUGCUGUAGUUGACACGCCGGGUAUCUUUGACACAUCAUUUUCUAAGGAGGAGGUCCAGCAGGAAAUAGCCAAAUGCAUCUCCUUUUUGGCCCCAGGACCUCAUGUGUUUCUCCUAGUGCUACAGAUUGGAAGAAUCACAAAGGAGGAGAAGGACACAUUGCAGCUCAUUAAGAGCACCUUUGGUAAAACGGCUGAAAUGUUCACCAUAGUCAUAUUCACAAGAGGGGAUGCACUUACAAAUAAAUCCAUUGAAAGCUUCAUUCAACGAGGUGACCCUGUAAUCCAAAAUCUGAUUAAAGACUGUGGAAACAGGUUUCAUGUCUUCAAUAAUACUGACAUGAGCAAUCGCACCCAAGUGUCUGAGCUGCUGGAUAAGAUAGACGUGAUGGUUCAGAGGAAUGGAGGCUGUUACACCAAUGAGAUGUUCCAGGAGGCAGAAUUUACCAUAAGGAAAGAGUGCGAAAGAAUACUGAGUGUGAAUGCGGAAGAGAUGCAGAGAGAGAAGAAGAUGCUGGAGGAAAAACAUGAAGCGGAGAUGAAAGAGAUGAGGAGGAAGAUGGAAGAGCAGAGACACAAAGCAAAAGAAGAAAUAAUGCUUCAGGAAAAAAAUCUGAAAGACAAAGAAGAACAUUUCAGGAUGGAGCUAGAAAAGUGGAAGAAAAAAGAGAAGGAAAAAAAAGAGAGGAGAGAGAGGGAAGACAUAGAGAGGAAGGCAAGACAAGAAUCAGAGUGGAAGAGCAAAAUAGAUGAGAUUGAGGAAACGAAAAGGACGCUGGAAAAGGAGUUGAAAUGUAGGGAAGAGGAAGAGAAGCAGAGGGAGGAAAGAGAGAGGAAAAAGAGGAAAGAGCUGAUAGAAAAACAAAAAAGAGAAAAGAUAGAAUUUGAGGCAAGGCAAGCAGAAGAAAAGAAAAAGAGAGAUCGAGAGGAGCAGGAGAGGAAAAACAAUGAGGCGAGACAAAGACUUGAGUGGGAACAGAGAAUUAAAGAGGCAGAAAAUGAGAUAAAAGAGGUACAGGAAGACAUUAAGAAAAGAGCUAAGGAAUGGGAGCAGGAAAGGGAAAAGGAACAGAAAAGGAAAGAGAAGGAUGAGCAGUACAGGAGACAGAAAGAAGAGAACGAGAGAACAGAGUAUGCAUUGAAAGAACACAAAAUGCGGGAAGAGUUUGAAAAAGUAAUGGAACAAGAAAGACAAAAGGGAGAGAAUGAAAGGAGAUCUAAAGAGCAACUAGAAAGGGAGCUUGAAGAAAAGCAAAAGCAGCUGGAAAAACAACAAGAGCAGUUAGACAAGGAAAGAAAAGAGGAGGCAGACAGACGAUUUAAGGAGGACACACAGAGAAAAGAGGAGGAGAGGAAAAGGGAGGAAUUGUUGCAGAAGGAACUUGAGAAGGAACGUGAAGACCUUCAGAAGAUGAAGAUUGAUGAAGAGGCUAAGAGAACAAAAGAAGCAAAAACAUUUAAAGACAUGGAGGAACACUAUCGUAGAAUCAUUCUUGAAAAUAAUCAGAAAUAUGAAGAAGCUGCUAGAAAAACAGCAGAGGAAUUUAAUAACUUUAUUAAGGAACAGGAAAGAAAGCUAACUCAAUUUCAAGAAGAGCUUCAGCACCAAACUGCACAUGGUCAUGAGAAAAAGAAAGGCAAAAAAUGUUUAAUAAUGUAGUGCUGAAAAAGGCAUGUGCUCAUGUGCUAGGCCAGUGUUUCUCAACCCUGGUCCUGG